GUUUACUCGAAACGUCCUGGCCGCCGCCGCUUCACGCCAACUGCGAGCUCAGCUUGGCGCACGAGAAAGGCCGCCGCUUCCUGACUGACCUCAUUAACGGCGAAGGGCAGCGCGCCCGAGACCCCGAGGAUCGCGCACCGCGCGGUGCAUAGCGGCGUGCAGAGACAGUGCGAAAGUGCGAGCAGCGAAAAGGACAAGCGUGAGCCCUCCCGCUGUCAAGGUAGAGGUAUAUACAGGCGUGUGUGUGCGUGUGUGUGCGCGUGUGACGACGAACAGCGCUAGAAGCGAAGAAGGGAAAGGACAGCGAAUCGUCUCUUCGUCUCGUCUCGUGACGAGCGGCACUGCCACGGCCAGCUUGGGCAAGAACAUCGGUAGGCUAACAGGAAGCGACUGUCGCGCCUGUGUUUGCUUGCGAGAAGCCACCGUGGGACACGUCGCGACGGCUUUUCUGCUGCGAAGUCCGCUGUCGUUCUUUCUCAUCGUGAGGCCGCCGGAUCUCUUGGCGGCAGCUUGCGGCGAGACUCGCUCGCCGAGGCCGGGACUCUGCGAGGCAGCCGUGAGGAAACUCCUGUUCUCCCUGCUGCUCAGCCAACGGUCUUAGCCUUCCGACAGCCAAACUGGAGCGCACUCUCCAAGGUUGGACGAGCGACGCCACACGUUCAGACAUGGUUUAUGAAUCGUACCAGACGAUGAGUCCGAGCUCGUGGUUCGGUCCGGCAGCGGGCUCCCCUGAGCAGCAGGCUUCCCCGGCCUCCACGUGUCGGGGUCUAUACGCUCUAACGGUCCGCUGGCAACCCCCCGUGCCCAGAGGGGAAGCGCCCCGUCAUCGAAAAGACAGCGCAGCACUUCCAAAAGAUCCGCGCCAGUGGAGUCGGGAGGACGUAGCCGUCUGGCUCGUGCACGUCAUGGACCAGCACCGUCUGCCCGCCGUCUCCACCGACCGCUUCCUGAUGAACGGCAAAGCACUUUGCCUCAUGACCAUGGAGAUGUUCGUGCAGCGCGUACCCCUCGGUGGAAAACUGCUCUACAAGGACUUUCAGCUCAGGCUCAGCAACGUGCUCUACAACUGACGCCGUGGCACUUGGCACUGUGAAAUCUGACCGCGCGCAACUUCUGCAGUCACGGACCACGGGCCACUCGUAUAUAAGCACAAUACAAUGCCAUCUGCUCGCAGCAUCUGCGAUGACUCCGGCUUAACUCAUCUGAAGCAAGUGUCCAGGAGAAACGAAGGCAACAAACAGCUAUCCAUGAUGUCGUCAGUAACCGAACAUCAGGGUGCAAGAGGACGAUACUGACAGAGGGCUCACCAUGACGUCAUGGACAAGUGACAGCUCCCCAAGACUCAUCGUCGAACGCAUUCGGCGUGUGACCUGCGUUUAAACUUCAGUUUUCAACCCAUCCAUUUCCAGAGUUGCAUGUGUUCACGUCGAGGUCCUUUGCGGUCCUCCUCCUAGUCAAGCUACUGUGGACAAUCAUCUAGUGGACUUUAUCCGACCAUGAAUUGUUAUAGUGACACGACAAGAGUGACAGAGGCCGGUGUUUGAGCCACGUGUAAAUAGGAGACUUUCAUAUGUAUACUAAUAGUUAGCCAGCUAUCAUUAGCAUUGUUGGUCGUAGUUAUAUAUCACCUUCGGGGUGCUCGUCGUCGUCUUGAAUGUUUUGAUAUACCGUCCUGGUGAAGACGUUCCAAAACAAUCUGCUCAACAGAGAAACCACGACAUGUGUGAUACUGGGUGAUCAGCGCAUGUUUGUAUAGUGCUUCUGCUGAGACCCCUGUACUUUCUGUGUAAAUACAGAUGGUGAGGUUCAAGCGAAA